CGAGAACUCUCAGUAGGCUAGCUAGCUAACGCAACAUUUUUCCGAAUAGCCUGCUGCACACAAAAUUGAGUUCAGGAAACGGGAAAUAUCUGUGAUGUAAUUUUAUUAAUAUUCGCGUUCACCUUAGUGUGUUUUAUUUGAGACUUAAACUUUUCCAUACGUUGCAUUUUAUUUGGGAGCCAUUCUUAAACUUAAAUGAACCCUCCGUGCAGAUUGCUAACCUAGCUAAAAGCCACUGUCCUCACAUUGUUUAUUGUAUUUGAAAAUUAAUUGCGGGGAGUUAUUGAUCAUUUUGUGUUGAAUGUGAUAGUCACCAGACAAAUCUUGCUCAGUUGUCCGCUUUUUAGUACUUUGAACGGAUUAUUUUGGUGGCUAACGUUAGGUAAUGGAAUUUAGGCGCGCUUUUUGAGUUUAACUCCUACUUUUUUAUCAACUUGGCCCGCUGUGGUUUCGCGGUGUUCAGGGUCCGCGAUUCUUUCGAUGUACUAGUAGUAUUAUAUAUUUUAACAUUUCCAUAGUAUGGAUGAAGAAUCUGAUUGAUUUCUGUGUCGCAGAACUGUAUAAUCUGCGAUAUGGGCUCCCAUCAUAACUGAACAGGGCUUGAUGUCGCUUAAUAAUCACCAACUCGUUCAUUUUGCGCUCUUUAAGAUGACGUUGGUUUGGGUGACUCUGUAUUAUAACUGCGCUGAAACAUUUAGAUAUAGAUUUAGGUUUCUGGCAGUACUAGUAUUGGCCUUAUAUGUGAGCAAGUUACGUACUGUUAUGUGAUUAAUUGCAAGGAGUCUUGAUCAAAGGGCGGUUCAUGUCCAUUUCACUGCGGAAUUGUCAUUUUUUUGACUACACGUAUUUUGAAAUUUGUUUUCAAAUUUGAUAAGAUGUUGUUAUCAAUUUUCUGGCGUCUGGCAAUGAAACGUUAACUUAACAAAAAUUUACAAGCACAACAACAAUAGUUUUGUAUAAGAAAAAUAAAAUUGUAAAAAGAAAAAACUAAAGUCUCUUGUCAUUCGAUUUUGUUGGCCAGAGAUGUCUAUACUGUUUUUCUUAAAACAAUCCUCGAUGUCAGAGAUAAAUCUUGAACAAUAAUUGUAAACUUAAUUUUUUGUUUACUAAAGGGGUUGAAACAUUAGAGCUCAUGGGACUAGAUAAGUGAACCCUUUAAAGAGCAAGGCCUUGGGGUGUGAAUUAACUGAAGAUGAACUGACUCUCUUACAGGCAGAAAUUGAGCUAUUAAAUGAACAUCAAUAAGACGGUUUAAUUAAUUCAGACCCAAAUGAUUGUGUUUUGAUAAUGGUAUCAAAGCGUACUAAGGGCAGACCCUGAAAAGCUUGUUCAAAGGCAGUGCUUAACAGCCCUCCUUUGGGAGUUCAAGCCCAGCAGGAGGUUCGGCUGCCUCAGAUGACCAAGAGUUUGAUCCCACCGCGGAGAUGCUCGUCCAUGACUUUGACGACGAAAGGACCUUGGAUGAAGAGGAGAUGCUAGAGGAAGAAACCAAUAUUAGCACAGAAAUUGAUGACCUUGCCCGUGAGGGUGAAAUGCCAAUUCAGGAGCUAUUGAACAUGUAUGGAUAUGGGAGCGGCGGGUCGCCUGAGGCGGCCGAGGAAGAGGAUGAUGACAGGGAGGAGGAAGCAGAGGAGUACACGGAUGACGUGACAGACGAGAACAGUGGAAGCACUGGGGACCUGAACCGGCUCUCGGGUGAGCGGGCAAAGGACAUGUCGGGCCUAGAGGACGAGACCCAGUCCUCAAAUGGCGAACGGACCCCAUUCGUCUCCUCGCACGUGGAGCUGAUCCGUCCACGGAGAUGCAAGUACUUCGAAAGCAACGAAGACGAAUCAGAGGAUGACGAAGAUUAUGUUCCCUCUGAGGACUGGAAAAAGGAGAUCAUGGUGGGAUCUAUGUACCAGGCAGAAACACCUUCUGGGCUCUGCAAAUAUAAAGAAAAUGAGAAAGUUUACGAAAAUGAAGAUCAGCUGCUUUGGGACCCACAGUCCCUCCCUGAGAACAAAGUGGUGGAGUUUCUGGCAGAAGCCUCCAAGCGUACAGGCGAGGAGAAGGGGGUGGAUGCCAUUCCGGAAGGAUCCCACAUCAAGGACAACGAGCAGGCCCUUUAUGAACUGGUGAAAUGCAAUUUUAAUACAGAUGAAGCGUUAAGGCAAAUGCGGUUCAACAUAAAAGCAGCCAGAGAAGAACUGUCAGUUUGGACUGAGGAAGAGUGUCGGAAUUUUGAACAAGGAUUAAGAGCUUACGGGAAGGAUUUUCAUUUAGUACAAGCAAACAAGGUGAGAACUAGGUCUGUUGGAGAAUGUGUGGCCUUUUAUUACAUGUGGAAGAAAUCUGAGCGUUAUGAUUUCUUUGCACAGCAAACCAGAAUUGGCAAAAGGAAAUACAAUCUUCACCCAGGUGUUACGGAUUACAUGGAGCGGCUGCUGGACGAGACCGAGAGCACGGCUUCCAGUUACGCCGCCUCUCCCCCCCAGGCCUCGUCCACCUCGGACCGAGACGACAGCUGCCUCCAGAACGGUACGAGUCAUGACACCGGAGAUGACCGGAGCGGCGGCCCGGAAGAGGUCAGGGACGAGGAGGCCCAGAAGAACGGCCCCUCCCACAGCCAAGAACAUUGCUCCUCGGACAAAGACACUAACGGCUGCAGCAAUGAGGACUCUCAGAACCACAGCAAAACCGGGUUCGAGGAGAACCACCGUGCCGGCUCAUAUGAGGACGCUGGGCCCGAGAACCCUCUCAAAAAACGCAGAACAGACAGCAGCUCCCAGGGCCCCCUGAUCCCAUCAUGAGCAAGGCUGAGGAUUACUGAUGCUUAUGCACAGGGCGCCCUCUAGGGUCAGUAGUUAGACAGAGCCUCCUGCAUGCCAGGGGUUCACCAGCAAAUUUGGGAAGACUGUAUGCAAGCACUGCAGUCUUUUGUAUUCCAAAGUACAAAUCCUUAAAAAAUUAGGAAGAUUUUUUUUCCUUCCUCCUCACUCCUUUUAAGAGACCUUUCAGAAAUUUAAAGAAGCGCGUUCCCUAUUUCUAUUACAGAUCGUCGACUCAUAUUUUUUUAUGCAAGAGAUAUUUAUAUAUUUUGAUUAACGGUGGAAGUUUCAGUCUUUCAGGAGCAGGUGAGUGUUUUGUCAACAGUUGUAACUUGCAGUAAGCAAGGGGUACCUAAGCUUUAUAAGCACACGAUAUUGCACUUUCAUUUAGUUUUGUACAAGACUGUCUUUGCACCAUGAGUACAUCAUUAAAUCAAAUGAAACUGACUUUGAAGCCUUACACACGUCCACUUGUUUCAGUACGGAAAAAAUGAACCAAUGGGUUUAUUUGAUAAUGACAUCAGUGAUGUCCUGUAUAUUACGUGUGUUAUGGGGGUAGUUGAGAUUGAUUCAUAUUUCCCGAUACUUAGUAUUUUUUUUUUAUUAUGUAUUCUUUCAUAUAUCAAGGUAGAUUUUUCUGAUCUUAUAUAGUUUUUACUUUUUUGUAGUUUCUCAUUUUUUUUAAGCUGCAAAUUAGCAUUUCCAUGUUGUCAUAAAACAGACCUUUAAAUGUUUUAUAGACUUUUUCUCUUUAUCUUUUUUUUUUGUGAGCAUUUUGGACUGAACCUUGAGCAACCACCUAACUGCAUAAAUUAACUACAAACUUCAUGAAGAACGUGACUCGGUGCGAUUUGUUAGUAUGUGUAAUCAUAGAACUUAAUAUUCAAUGUAGAACUAUUUUCUGUUUUUAACUGAAUUAAGAACUGCCUCAGAUAGAUGUUUGGGGGGGGCAUAAUGGCUUUAUCCAAAGCUUUUUUUUGUGUGCUUAAUGUUUUGUUAAUGAAAAGGCCAGUCUUAUGUGGUAAAGUUUUGUUUCAGAACCUUUGAAGUUCUGACUGGGCAAACAGUUGUAUAAUUUUCUUAGCUAUUGAAAAAAAACAGUUUGUGCGUUAGGUAUUGUUCUUGAGUGUAACUUACUGAUAAUCAAGUUUGUUGAUACUGUACUGUUUAGCACUAGCUAACCCUAAAGGACCACCAGAUCACCCUGAUGUAUUGUAAAAUAGUACUAGUUAGCUUUCAGCCACCAGUCAUCCAAUGUGUCAGACUAGUCUGCUGCAAUUUAAAACCAAAAUGAAAAAAAUAACAGGGCCACCCAGGUGGUUGAAGUAAAUAUGGGUGUAUUGGAAUGAGUAAAUUACUAUUUGACAGUGAGUACAUAAAAUGUAGAAAUAUUGCCCCUCAAUGCAUUGAGAAUCCUUGAGCAAACACCAUUUCAUAGGCCACUUAAUCACAAAACAAACCAUUUUACCACGAGAUGUUCAACACGUUGUUGAGCAUCACUGUUUUGUUCUCGUCCCAUGUUCUUGAAUAUUUAUAUUAUCCUUUUGUAAUUACUAAAGAAUAAAAUUGAACCUAAUUCUUUAAA